UUAAUCAUAUUAAUCUGGCCUUUCCCUUCAUAUUUCAAAAAAAAUACCCUCCACAAAUAAACCGCGUCUCUGUUUCAGCAAACCCCACCACUUUCUCUCUCUCUCUCCAAAUUCUCUCAAUCAAUUUCCCUGCUUUUUCACUCAAAAAAUCCCAGAAUCUUUCCAAAAAUUUAGCAGAAUCAAAUUUAAUUGGUCUCUUUACCAAAAUUCGCCUGCUUUCUUAUUAAACCUCCUUCAAUCUAGGAUAACCCCCCCUAAAAAAUGGCGGAUCCUAGUCUUAGCACACCGUUUUUGACCCAUAAUCAAACAAUUUCAGAUGAUUCAGAAAAAUCCCAUCUUGUUCUUACAAUCUCCGAAAACCCCAACUCCGAAAAUCCCCAAAUUGACAAUGAAAACCCCUUUGAGUUCAUGGGUGUUGAUGGGUUUUGUGUCCCAUCUUCAACUUCUGCCGAUCCUUUCAGAAAUCACACCCUUAAAAUUGAUGGGGUUUACGAGUGGGUCAAGAUUCUAAUUUGUAUUCCUAUUGCUGUAAUUAGGCUUGUGAUUUUUGGGUUGACUUUAUUAGUUGGGUAUGCUGCUACUUUGAUUGCCCUUCAAGGUUGGAAAGAUAGAAACAGUCCUAUGCCUAGAUGGCGAUGUAAUCUCAUGUGGGUCACUCGGUUGUGUUCUCGUUGCAUACUUUUCUCGUUUGGGUACCACUGGAUUAAACGAAAAGGACGGCCUGCACCGAGAGAGAUUGCACCUAUUAUUGUUUCAAACCAUGUAUCAUACAUCGAUCCAAUUUUCUAUUUCUAUGAGUUGUUCCCUACAAUUGUUGCAUCUGAUUCUCAUGAUUCAAUGCCUUUUGUUGGAACUAUUAUCAGAGCUAUGCAGGUUAUAUAUGUGAAUAGGUUCUCACCUUCGUCAAGGAAAAAUGCUGUUAAUGAGAUAAAGAGAAAGGCUUCAUGCAAUAGAUUUCCUCGCGUUCUAUUGUUUCCGGAGGGAACCACCACCAAUGGAAGAUUUCUUCUUUCCUUCCAAAUGGGGGCAUUCAUAUCUAAUCAUCCGAUUCAGCCAGUUGUCGUUCGUUAUCCUCAUGUACACUUCGAUCAAUCUUGGGGUAACAUUUCCUUGGGGAGGCUGAUGUUUCGAAUGUUUACUCAGUUCCACAAUUUCAUGGAGGUGGAAUACCUUCCAGUUGUAAGGCCUAUGCAGAGUCAAAAAGAAAGUGCUUCCCUUUUUGCUGAAAGGACUGCCCAUGCUAUGGCCUCUGCAUUAAAUGUUGUGCAAACAUCUUAUACCUACGGGGACAUGUUGCUUCUGAUGAAAGCUGUUGAAUUAAAACAGGAAAACCCUUCAAGAUUUAUGGUUGAAUUAGAGCAUAUAAAUUCGUCGUUCCGCGUGAGCACUAUGGAGGCUUUGGAAUUUUUGGAGAAGUUUAUAUCCAUGAAUCCUGAUAGCAGUGGCAGUGUGAAGAUUGAGGACUUCUUAAGAGUUUUGCGAUUGAAGCCGUGUAGUUUAUCAGAAAAGAUUUUUGCAUUUGUUGAUAUCGAGAAGAUGGGAAGGGUUUCUUUCAAACAGUUUUUGUUGGCAUCAUAUCAUAUCAAGAAACAGCCAUUAUUUCAACGCGCUUGCGAAUUUUCUUUUGCCAAAUGUAGUGAUGGGAUUCAUGAUCACAUAUCUAACAUAUCUAAAGAAGAGUUUGGAGACGCUAUUCGACUUGCUAUUUCAGAUGUCAAUGACAGUGAUAUCAAAGAACUUUUCAAUAUGUUCGACAUGGAUGGCGAUGGGAGAAUCAGGAAGCACGAGUUUCUCUGUUGUUUAAGAAAAAAUCCACUGUUAAUAGCUCUCUUCUCACCUCUUCUACAAGACGAGUUCACACAUACUAGCAACGGCUUUUUAGAGGACAUGGUUUGAAGAAUUCACUUGGCCGAUUCUUGUAUUAUUAGUGUGCCCUUAUUUUAUACAUAUAAUAUGUGGUUUCUUCUUUAUCUUGACCUGGAGUGGGUUUGCACAAGGCAUAUAUAGGUCUGGAAUUUUUUGACAACUUGAGAUCCUCCAUGUAAUAGUUUCUUCAUGGUUGUGUAAACCAAUUUAGGGGGGGAAUUUUUGUGUCAAAACAUUCAUUAGCAUAGUGAAAGAAUACAAUGAUGUUUUCAUGACAGAAAGUAUAGUGUUCUUUGAUAUACAAA